UUUCAUUUGUUCAGCGCAGCAGUAUUGGAUCGUUUGAACACAUGUCUUGAGUCGAACGGUGAACUACUUCUGUCGGAACGUGGCGACUGCGAGGAACCAAUCAAAGCGCAUCCCAAUUUUAGAGUUUUCUUCACAAUGGACGAAGCAAACGGGACUAUAUCGAGGGCAAUGCGAAAUCGGUCGAUUGAAUUGUUCGUUUUGCCGGAGCAAAAUGCUUGGAAUCGUCGAAUUUUAGAUGUUAUUGUGAGCAAUUCGGAUAAUUUUUCAGUUAUCGAUAAAUUUUAG